AGCUGAUCCUUCCUUCUGUGCACUGAACCAACCAAGUGUGCCACAAACAUGGAGUGAACAGCGAAGGGGAAGUGCUGUUUGGGUCUCUUGGGCCAAUGUUCAGGGUCAGGUGCAUUUUGGGAACAUUUGCAAAGUAUCUGUUCUCUCCACCAGCCUGGAGAGAGCAGAUCAAGCUGCAAAACAGGAUGUCCACUUCACCUCGCCCAGUGGCAGCAGUGUGCCAGGUGACAGCCACCCCCGACAAAGAGGCCAACUUCUCUGCCUGUAAACAGCUGGUGGAGGAAGCCAAGGAGCGAGGGGCCGGCAUGGUCUUCCUGCCUGAGGGCUUUGACUACAUCGGCUCCAGUCGAGAGGAGACUCUGUCGCUGUCUGAGAGCCUGACAGGAGACACAAUCUCACUGUAUGCUCAGCUGGCCAGGAAGCUGAAAGUGUGGCUGUCUCUUGGAGGUUUUCAUGAACGAGGACAUGACUGGGAGUCUGACAGACGGAUCUACAACAGUCACAUCAUCAUCAAUGAUAAAGGUGACAUCAUUUCUGUCUACAGGAAGUCCCAUUUGUUUGACGUGGAACUGCCAGAAAAAGGCGUAUCACUUAAAGAAAGUGCCUUCACCAUCCCUGGACCCUCCCUCACGUCCCCGGUUCAAACUCCCAUCGGCAAGGUUGGCUUGGGCAUCUGCUAUGAUCUGAGAUUCCCCGAGUUAUCUGCCGCUCUGCAAAGGCAUGGGGCCGAGAUUCUGACGUAUCCAUCAGCCUUCACUGUAGCGACAGGAGCUGCUCACUGGGAGGUUUUACUCCGCGCACGGGCAAUCGAGACGCAGUGUUUCGUCCUGGCGGCGGCGCAGGUCGGCCGGCACCAUGAGAAGCGCUCGUCAUACGGCCACGCCUUAGCGGUGGACCCGUGGGGUGAGGUGCUUGGCGACUGCGGAGGGGAGAAGCCAGGCAUGGUGCUGGUGGAGAUCGACCUGGAGAAAGUGAGAAGCACCAGGAGGAACAUGCCGGUCCGACAGCACCGCAGAGACGCUGGUUUCUAUUGCAGUCUGGAGACGACUUGACUGCAAGAGAAGUUCACAGGCGACAAACUAAACAGGAAACAAGCUUUAGUUUACUGUGUGAGAAAAGAAUCAUUCUGUCUUCUCAAAUGAAACUUUUAAUGAACUGCAUCUCAUGAGAUGACCCAAUGAGUCUGUAAAUGAUUAUUACUCGUACUGGUCAAUAGAUGGUACUGUUUGGUCAAAAUAAUAUAGGGAACAUGAUGAAAUGCAACAAGGGCUGGCUCUCAUGUGCAGUGAUCUGUGCUACUGAAUGCAUAUGUACAAAUUCAUCUGUGAUUAAAUUAAAUACUGUUGUGCUUAAACAUUCA